CGCCACCGUCGCAAAUGGACUUCCGAACCAACCUCGACGAUGAUGAUCCUGCAGUUCGCUUGGAACUUGAGACACAUAGCAUGCGCAUCAUAGAUGAUGUCGAAGAAGACCCACUGGAUGCGUACAUGAAGACUAUCGCCGUGGACGACGCAAGCAGCCACGACAGCGCCUUCCCACGGGAACUUCCCCGUCCACGCAGGGAAGUCGUGUCCAUCACAGCGAGUGUGACGAAGAAUCGGCGGUACCAAAAGCUACAGGAGCUACUGCAUGCAUCAGACUACUUUUCGGACGAAAACAUGGAGCUUCGGAAUCCCGGUCUCUUUCACCUCCACUUGGGCAAUUACCUUCCAACGCCGCCCGCACCCGCACAACCCACAGCAGAUCAAUCGAAACUGUCCGAGUUCCUCAUCGCGUCCAUACAGAAGCGGGACUUGGAAGAGCGCAAGGCGCACGAGGAGAGCUUGUGGGGCAGUUCGUUCAAGCGGAGUGCGAAACCUGUCGCCAUCGACGAUCCAGUGGAGGAUGACGAACACAAUCAUGCAUUCCAAGAAGAAAUGGACUCGGACGACGACGGUGACGAAGAAGAUAGGUUGUCAUCGGAUGAUGAAGCGGAACUUUCCGUGGCCGAGCGACGCGCGACGUUGGUGGACGUGAUGGCCCAGCGCUUCAUGCACGGCUUGGACGUUGGUUUUAUCAAGUACGACGAGAUCGACACGAACGACCUGUUGGAUUUGAACCCCCUGGCGCUGCAAGACCUCGAGGACGAGUACUUCACCACCACCACCAUCGACGACGACGACGAUGGUGACUCGAUAAAGUAACGAUUGCUUGCAUUCACGUUCUGCUGUGCACGGUCUUGGCUCACUCCAGCAGUUCGAUUGAGUGGCAUGUGCAAUCUUGCUCCAUCAUUGGCUCUAUGAAGAUGCAAUGUCCAUACCACUAUAGCCAUGAAUACUAAU